AUGUUUUACCUUGCAGGCUGUUCCAUCAUCCGUCCCCCCAGAGAAGGAGGCAUCCGCUACAGAGGCCUGACCCAGGAGCAGAUCCGCAGUGUGCAGGUGCUGCCGGUGGACUAUGAGAUUGAGUACAUCUGCAGAGGAAACCGGAUCAUUGUGGGUCCAAAGGUCAGGAAGUGUCUGCCCAACGGCACCUGGACUGACAUGAGCCACAAGAGCCACUGCUUGCUGCUGUGUCCCCGCAUGUGGACGUCUCUGGAGAACGGACGCGUGACCCCGUGGCCCCCUGGUCCGCCAGCAGAGGGCGUCACACUGCACUUCAGCUGUCUGCCGGGCUUCAUCCUCAUAGGACGCAACUCCACCCAGUGCAACAAAAUGGGCAAGUGGGACAGCCCCAAGCCCGUGUGCCACUUUGAUCGACACUACAGAGGACAAUUUACCCCGUCCUGGGUGGUUUCUGCCAGUUCCUGUGUUCCAGUCCCUGCUCUGGCUCCUGUUCCAGCUCUGCUUUGGUCCGUGCUGCAGCCCCUACUGGGAUUCCUGUCCUGA